CAGCAGCAACGAUGACGACCACGACGACGACUGAGGAGCAGCAACAGCAGCAGCAUCAAGCGUCACUGGAGGCGAAAAAGGAGCGCGACAUUUACGAGAACUUUGCCACACCGCUGGCUGGCACCUUUCUCAAUCUGCCUCGUGAAUCGGUGGUGCUGAAGUGUCCUGCGUGUGGCAUCAAGGAGCGCAGCGUGGUGCAGAAUGAUCUCAAGUGGUGGGCGACUGAGAUCAAUCGCAUUGUUGGUUGCCUCUUUGUCUCCUUCUGCUGCUGUUGCUGCUUCAACUAUUAUGUGCCCUGCAAGCAAACGGAUCGCAGUCAUUACUGCGGCAACUGCGGUUGCUACUUUGGACGCGCCAUGAAGCGACGCGCCCCACUCAAAAUUAAGUAGAAAACGCGAACUCUCACUCUCUGACUCUCUGUUGUUCUCUUGUUCUCCCUCACAUUUUUUGAAUACUUUUCGCAUGCUGAAAAUAAACAAUA